UGACCACUCAGUCAUGUAAAUUCUGCAAAAUAGCCCCGAAAAAGACGACGUAAUGGCCAGUCGACUACCUGUCGAGGUUGUUGCACACAUGAUGCGGUUCCUGAGUGUUUCAGACAGGAAGGAGGCAGCAUUAGUGAAUAGGAUUUGGUAUGAAGCAUCUCUCGACCCGAUCCUCCAGGAUGAUGUUGUUCUACACUUCCAUGCCCUAACAGCCAGUGACAGAGCACCAAACAUUACCAGACGUAACCUACCUCAUCUGAUUGUCGACCAGUUUGACAAUUCCUUGAACUCCAAGGUAGUGCUCCUGAAGUCCUGUCAACAGCUCAGUCAAUCAUUGCAGAGUCUUUCUCUGAAGUCAAGUAACAUCACAGAAAGUACAUUUGUAGAGUUAUUGUCUCAAUGUAACAACCUGGUCAGUUUGAAUCUUAGCUGCUGUAAUUCACUUUUCAUGUCAGGCAAACUUCUUGAGAUGAAUGGGGAUAUGCAGAAACUUAGGUCAGUGUUAGGCUCUGUGCUAAACCUUGAUCUGUCAGCUAUACGUUACUUAUCCGAUUCUACCUUCAAUCGUAUUGUGACAGUCUGUCCAAAUUUGAGUUCAUUGUCUCUGGGAUCAGCACAAAUCACAUUCAAUAGUUCAUCCUAUAUGCCCAGGGGGAAGACAAUGUGUGCCAACAGUACGCUGUUGACAUUUGACAAUAUCCUGGAGUUUUUGAGACUUCAAAGUCUUAAAAUUAAGUCAUUGAAUUUGAGUAGAACAGCUCUAACAGAUGAUGCACUAGAGACCCUGGUAUCUCUGGAAAGUUUGGAUUUGGAGGAAUUGGUUCUUGUCUGCUGUAAAGAUAUUUCUGAUUCUGGAAUUUCUGCUAUUAGUAAACAUCAGGCAAAAUUGAAGGCAAUUGAUUUGAAGGGAUGUUUGGAACUCACAGAUGCUGCUUUAAACUUGAUUUGUAAAAAUCUGCUGGCUUUGGAGAAUCUAAAAUUGGGAAAAUGCAGAAGGAUAUCUGAUCAUGCUUGUAAGCAAUUGAAACACCUGCCAUGUCUUGAGAUGGUGGACCUAUCUGAGAACUACCUUGUGACUUCUCCUGGACUCAUAGAAGGCCUCUGUGGUAAUAUUAAUAUUCCACUUACACAUCUCAACCUGAACUGUUGCCCUAGUGUAACAGACAGUUUCAUCCUGUCCAUGUGUAAAGUGGUGACAAACCUUGUACAUCUUGACCUCGGGUCGUGCUUCCCUGUCACUGAUCUCAGCGUAGUCAAUAUCUCCAAACACUUGAAACAUUUAAGAUACCUACGACUAGCAUGGUGUAAAGAGAUCACUGAUUUAGGGCUGCUAGGAUAUGAGGGUAUUGACAGUAAAACCAAGGAUCUACAUGAACACAACGAUCAUGGAAAAUGUCGAUGCACACGGAAAUACAAUAGUACUGAAAUAUUCCGUAAGCCUACUGGAGAUAAACAUUCAAAAAGCAUGAAUGGAGAAAUGGAGAAACUUGUGUCCAGACAUGAUGAAGUUUGCUCCCUGAAAAACCUUUCAAUACUUCGUGAACUGGAUUUAUCUGCAUGUUCCAAAAUCACAGACACUGGAUUGACACAAGUUAUCAAGUUCAAAGAACUCCGUUCACUGAACCUGAGUAUGGUUCAGAUUACAGAUUUAACUGUGCACUCAGUAACAUCCAACAAUCCAAGCCUGGAGCAUCUAAGUUUAGCUCAGUGUGCAGCCCUGACUGAUGACGCCAUUGAAUGUGUUGCUAAGCGAUUACCUAGGUUGACCAGUCUAGACAUCUCUAAUUGUGAUAAACUGACCAAUAAGAGCAUACAGUUUCUUAAAGAGCAUACAAGGAGGCUGCGUACUUUGGAUGUGUCAUUUUGUAAGAACAUAUCUGUUUCUGCUGUAGAUGAUUUGGAAACUAGUCGAAAUUUGAAGAACGUACAUAAAAGACUGCUAGGUGGCAGCUUUUGAUAAUGGUUUGAAGAAAUUGUGAAGGCUAGUAGUUUGAGGCAAAUUUGAAGUUCUGAAAACUAACAUGUCUUUCACAUAUUAAGGAUUUAGCCAAUAUAUAUAUUGAUAUAAAUGGAUGCCAGCGUAUGGCUCAGGUAUUCCAUAUACCAUCAUGGCGUAAGUUGUAGAUAAGGUAUGCUGUUUUUCACACAGGCUCAAGCAAGCUCCUUGUAAAAAGUUUAGUAUGAGUCAAAUUACCUUGACAUUCUGCCAAGGACAUGUACGUGGCUGAAAACUGGGAAUUUUUAACAAGGAUAUCUGUGAAAAUUGGAAAACCUUGUCAAGGAAAUCGAUAUCUAUGUGGCAGUGGGUAGAAAGUGCAGAACUCCAUCAAAGGGGGAAAAGUGGAAAACUCUGUCGAAGAUAAACUUUACAUAAUGCAUGGGGAAGAUACACAAAUGUGGGAAAAUUUGGUGACAAUAAGGAAACUCCACUGCAUUCUUUUUUAGAGGUGGAAAGAUGUGGAAAUAUUGAAGGUAGUAAAAUUGUAUUGAAAUAUGGAACACUUGAUUAAUGAAUUUUAUAAAGCUGUUUCUGCUAUGAAGAGAUGUAUAUGUACAUUUUUGUAUGCUUUCAUAAAUCUUAUGGUAUGACAUUGUUCAAUCUAUAUAUAUCUGCCAUAAACUUUCAUUUGUCUUGAGGUCCCCUCCUACAGUCUCCAACUAAUUUUCUAACUUAGGUUUCACAUAACCUUUAUCGUUUGACCAUAAUCUCUUUCAAGCUUAUUAAGUUUUAAAACUAUGGCAUGAAGUUGUGUUUUACUGGAUGCCAGUGUACCAUAGAGCAGUUAUUGCUCAGUGUUUUUCAGCAUUCAGCAUCUGAAAUCACCUAUUUCUCUUUCUGAUCAUUUUUUUGGAAGAGUUAUUUCCCUUGGUUCUGUUCAGCUUUCUAAUUUUGUCUAGUAAUAAGUAAUAAGUAAAUAAUGGACGCAGGCAAAACAAAUGCCUCUAUAUCCAUAUCUAAAGUUAUCUGAUGAUCAGGAGAUGCUUCCUAUAAAAAUUAUAAGAUUCUCAGUUAUUACAUAUGUAUAGCCAAUCAAAUGCUAAAUAGCAAAAGCAUUUCACUUUUUCAAGUUGAAAUGACAUUAAAAGUUUCCUCUUUAUAUAUUGUUUCUGGGAUCUCCCGCAGACCUCCUUCAGGCUUGGUUGCAGUCUUAGUGGCAUUUGGAUUAUAGACAAUUAUUGCUUCAUUGACAUUUUCAUAUUCGUAACAAUUUUCUUUAACUUCCAGGGAUUUAUGUGUAGUAUUCCUCUCCAUGAUACUGUUUCAGAGUACUUGUACAUGAUGGUUUGUUAUUGGAUAUAUAUGUUAUUGUUUUAAUUAUCUACAGAAAAGGGAAACAGUUUUUGUUAUUCUUGUGACUAUUUCUUAAAAACAUUGUCU